UCGAGGAAGGAGAAGAGACUCUCAACUAGAUGUGAGCUGCAGCAUCCCUCCUAAUUUUAAGGUCAUCAGAAGUCCACGAUAAGAACCGCAGAGUCUUCUUGCACGACUGCAGGCGCGGGCACUGGCAGGAGAGGAACAGCUCCAUCCGGUCCACCAGAAACAAACAGCAACAGCUGAUUGGGUAUCCCGGGACCAUGUGGACGGAGAACCCGCUGGUCCGGGACGCCGGCGCCGCCGUGCUCACCGGACUCGCCGUGGCUGCCGUGCUGCGCUUCUGGGAGGAGGUCGCCAAUCGCGCGCUGCUGGAACAGAAACUUUGCAGGAAACUGGUGCACAUAACUGUUGGCUUGGUGUAUUUGCUCAUGUGGCCUUUGUUCAGUUCAGAUGAUGUCUAUGCCCCGUUCCUUGCUCCGCUUAUUAUCGUAAUCAACAUCAUAAAGGUGACGGUGAUUGGGCUUGGUGUAGUUAAAGAUGAAGGCGUGGUUAACUCGAUGAACAGGCAUGGGGACUACAGGGAACUACUCAAGGGCCCCUUGGAUUAUGCCUGUGCUAUAACUCUGACAACAAUAGUCUUCUGGAGGACAUCGCCCAUCUCAAUCGCCGUGAUCUGCAAUUUGUGUGCGGGGGAUGGUGUUGCUGACAUAGCUGGGAGACGAUUCGGACAAGUGAAACUCCCUCACAACCCUGGAAAAUCGUAUGCUGGCAGCAUCGCGAUGUUCACGUCUGGUUUCAUCGCGUCAGUGGUGUACAUGUGGUACUUGAACAUUUUCGGAUUUGUUGACAAGAGCUGGGCUAUGGUUGGUGUCAUAUCCCUCGCUGCAGCAGUUGUGGAGUCGCUGCCGAUCAGCACACGCCUUGACGACAACCUCACGGUUCCUCUCGCAUCUGUGCUGGUCGGUGCUCUGGUUUUCUAGUAAUUCACGGAGCCUGUGCUGCUGCAUGCGUGAGGACUGGAGUGCUACUUGAUUGAUUCACUCCUGGUCCUGGUCCUGGCGUGUCGGUCGGUACCUUCUUUGUAACCUCCAUCAUAUUCCUGUGACUUGAAAAUUAUUGCCCAAUAAAGAAAAAAAAAGAGAUGGGAAUAAUUUCUAAUUUCUUUGAA